UAUGCAUGAGACUGUUCUGUGGUUGCUUGUAGGCUUCUUGGAGAUUUGAUUUAUUUGGAUGUGAUCACUCUUGAGGGUAAUAAAUUUUGUAUUACGGGAAGUACAAAAAUGUUUUAUGUCAACUCGAGCUCAGCAAACACUCUUGACCCAAGGCAAAGUAAAGCUACUUUUGAAGCAACAAAUCUUGUUGCUCUCUUACAAAAGAUUAGCCCUAAGUUCAAAAAAGCUUUCCGGGAAGUAUUGGAGGGUAGAGCAGCUGCCCAUCCUUUUGAAAAUGUGCAAUCUUUGUUGCCACCUAAUUCUUGGCUUGGAUUAUACCCUGUUCCUGCAGACCACAGACGUGAUGCAGCCCGGGCUGAGAAUGCUUUGACUCUUCUUUAUGGCAAUGAGCCAAUUGGCAUGCAAAGAGACUGGAAUGAAGAGCUGCAGUCCUGCAGAGAAUUUCCUCAUACAACUCCACAGGAGAGGAUUUUGCGGGAUAGGGCACUUUAUAAAGUGACAUCAGACUUUGUUGAUGCAGCUAUUAAUGGUGCGAUUGGAGUGAUCAGUGGCUGCAUUCCUCCAAUAAACCCAACUGACCCUGAAUGUUUUCACAUGUAUGUACACAACAAUAUAUUCUUUAGUUUUGCUAUUGAUGCUGACCUUGAGAAGCUGUCAAAGAAAUGUGUGGAUUCUAAUUCAAAAACUUGGAGCUCUGGCACUUUGCAAAGUUCUUCUGAUAAAGCUUCCAUUCCACUUCAUGGAGAAACUCAGGUUCCUAAUGGAGGAAAAGAUAUUGGUUCAAGUUCAGAUGAUCUUAAUGGCACAGAAACCUCUCAAGAUGCUUCUCCAGAAGCUCAGCUGGCUGAGAAUGAGCAAGCCACGUAUGCUUCUGCAAACAAUGAUUUGAAGGGCACAAAGGCUUACCAAGAAGCCGAUGUUGCUGGACUUUAUAAUCUUGCUAUGGCUAUAAUUGACUACAGGGGGCAUAGAGUGGUAGCUCAGAGUGUAUUACCGGGCAUUCUUCAAGGGGACAAGUCAGACUCUCUCUUGUAUGGCUCUGUCGACAAUGGAAAGAAAAUUUGCUGGAAUGAAGAUUUUCAUUCUAAGGUGUCAGAGGCUGCCAAAUGCCUUCAUUUGAAGGAACAUUUAGUCCUUGACGGAUCUGGAAAUGUUUUCAAAUUAGCUGCACCUGUUGAGUGUAAGGGCAUUGUUGGUGGUGAUGACCGACACUACCUUCUUGAUUUGUUGAGGGUAACUCCUCGUGAUGCCAACUAUACUGGGCCUGGUUCUCGAUUUUGUAUCUUGAGGCCAGAAUUAAUUACUGCCUUUUGCCAGGCCCAAGUAGCAGAGGCAUUGAAACCUACCAAGGUGAAUUCUGAAGAGGCUGACAAUUUGGUCACUGAUUCUGGAAAGGCAACCGAUCCUGACCUGCUGGUAAAUGAUUCCCAAGCAGCUGCUGAUUCUGAUCAGCUGGUGAAUGAUUCCCCAAAUGCUGCUGAUGCUGACACACUGGUGAACGAUUCCCAAAAUGUUGCAGAUGCUCACAAGCCAGAUUCAACAGACGGAAAAAAAACUGAGGAUGUAAAAGAAUUUGCUUCUGUGACUGCCAAAGCCUCUGAUGGUAGUGAGGAUAUUGUUUUUAAUCCUAACGUCUUCACUGAAUUCAAACUUGCUGGGAGCCCAGAGGAAAUAGCAGCUGAUGAAGAUAAUGUUAGAAAAGUUGGUCAAUAUCUUAUUGAUGUUGUACUUCCAAAGUUUAUACAAGAUCUAUGUACACUUGAAGUUUCACCAAUGGAUGGCCAGACAUUAACUGAAGCACUGCAUGCUCACGGAAUUAAUGUUCGCUAUAUUGGCAAAGUGGCUGGAGGGACUAAACAUCUACCUCAUCUGUGGGAUCUUUGCAACAAUGAGAUUGUUGUUAGAUCUGCCAAGCAUAUUAUCAAGGAUUUAUUGAGGGAGACAGAGGACCAUGAUCUUGCACCAGCUGUAUCUCAUUUCUUAAACUGCCUAUUUGGAAGUUGUCAAGCUCCCAGUGGCAAAGCUAUCACCAAUAGCACUCAGUCCAAAACUCCUAAAAAGGAACAUGCUGGGCAACGGUCUCCAGGAAAACAUUCCAAAGGGCAAGCUCGAUGGAAAGGCAGGGCUUCAUUAAGAAAGACUCAACCUUUGUACAUGAGUAUCAGCUCGGAAGCUCUUUGGUCAGACAUUCAAGAAUUUGCCUUGGUUAAGUACAAGUUUGAAUUGCCAGAGGAUGCGAGGUCGCACGUUAAGAAAAUUUCUGUUAUACGAAAUCUUUGUCUUAAGGUUGGUAUAACAGUUGCUGCUCGUAAAUAUGAUCUUAGUUCUGCAACUCCCUUCCAAACCUCUGAUGUCUUGGAUAUCCGUCCAGUGGUCAAGCAUUCAGUUCCUUCCUGUUCAGAAGCCAAGGAGCUUGUGGAAACUGGGAAACUUCAAUUGGCUGAGGGUAUGCUUAGUGAAGCCUACACUUUAUUCUCUGAGGCAUUCUCAAUUCUACAACAGGUUACUGGUCCCAUGCAUCGGGAGGUUGCUAAUUGCUGUCGAUAUCUUGCCAUGGUUUUGUAUCAUGCUGGAGAUAUGGCCGGGGCUAUCAUGCAACAACACAAGGAACUGAUUAUAAAUGAACGUUGUCUUGGUUUAGAUCAUCCUGACACUGCUCACAGUUACGGAAAUAUGGCUCUGUUUUACCAUGGACUUAACCAGACAGAACUUGCCCUUCGCCAUAUGUCCCGUGCUUUGCUAUUAUUAAGUUUGUCAUCAGGGCCUGAUCAUCCUGAUGUUGCAGCAACAUUUAUCAAUGUUGCAAUGAUGUUUCAGGAUAUAGGAAAGAUGAACACAGCUCUUCGUUAUCUGCAAGAAGCUUUAAAGAAGAAUGAAAGGCUUCUUGGCGAGGAGCAUAUUCAAACUGCUGUUUGUUAUCAUGCUCUUGCCAUUGCAUUUAAUUGUAUGGGUGCUUUCAAGCUCUCUCAUCAGCAUGAGAGGAAAACGUAUGAUAUACUUGUCAAACAACUUGGUGAAGAUGAUUCAAGGACACGAGAUUCGCAGAAUUGGAUGAACACUUUCAAGAUGCGAGAACUGCAGAUGAAUGCCCAAAAGCAAAAGGGUCAAGCUCUGAAUGCAGCUUCGGCUCAGAAGGCUAUUGAUAUCCUGAAGGCACACCCUGAUUUGAUUCAUGCAUUCCAAGCUGCUGCAGUUGCUGGGGGAUCUGGAAGUUCAAGUGUAUCUACAAACAAAUCCCUGAAUGCUGCAAUAAUGGGUGAGGCCCUCCCCAGAGGAAGGGGAAUUGAUGAAAGGGCUGCACGUGCGGCUGCUGAAGUCAGGAAGAAAGCUGCAGCAAGGGGCCUGUUAGUGCGUCCCCAUGGUGUACCAGUCCAAGCCUUGCCACCCCUUACCCAACUUCUGAAUAUCAUAAACUCAGGUGCAACUCCAGACACUGUGAAUAAUGGGAAUGCAGAUGGAGCAAAGGAGGACACAAAUGGCAUUGAUCCAAGUGAUUCAACUGAUGUCAACAAAGGCCAAACAGUACCUGUGCAAGAGCAGGCUCCUGUUGGAUUAGGCAAGGGAUUGUCAUCCUUGGACGCAAAGAAACAAAAGGCGAAACCAAAAGCUGGAGCUUGAAAUUUUGAACUUGUAAGCUCUGGUAAUUGGCAAUGGUAGAUUUAUUUCCGAUCAAUAUUCUUUGAGAUGGUUGGGUUAACCAGGUACUUUGCUCAACUUUUUUUUCUUUUUUUCUGGAGAGUGCUGUAGCGAUCAGAAGUAAUUUUGGUUUUUUGGCCUUUGCUCCUUAGAUUUGGUAGAUUUAGACCUCCAGAAUGAAUGUGAUUGUGAUCAAGUACAUUGUUAAUUUUUUGUUCGGGGCGAUUGCUGAUGAUUUUUCAAUAAACUCUAUAAUCCGGGAUGCAGGGUAAGAACUAUCAUUUUGAUAAUGAAACCCUAUAUCCAUGACAAAUUUAAUUUACUGCUGGGUUAAGGCAAAUUAAAUGCAUAAUCUACGGUGUAGAAAAUUUUGCUGCAA